GUGCUUCUCUUCCAAUAUAAUAAUCUUCUUACCUCUCAUCCAUUAGGCUACCACAUGCCCUUGCUUUUUUAAUUAUUCCAUGCUUUUGUGUCCAUAACUACUGUUCUUGUAACUAGCCGAAUUGGUGGGCCCUGAAGAAGUCACUAGUGGUGAGUUUUUUUUUAUCAUGCCAAUGAAGUGAACAAAUUUCCUUCCUUGGAAUGCGGCAUAUAGAUAACAUUUUCCUUCUAAUAUGUCAGCAUCCAUCUUAGCAUCGGAAACAUACACUGGUCACUUCCUUGAGAGAGAGAGAGAGAGAGUGGUGCCAUGGGAACCACUUCUUAUCUUCAUCUCUCUUUCAUUUUCUUUAUAGCCCUUUUCAUCUUUCCUCAUUCAUGGAACCCUGUGACCAAAAAGGGAUUAAGUGUCCAUGCCAAGUUUGGAUCAGUCUUGGAGACCAAAGCUUCCAAGCCCAAUAACCUCCUAGCAGAAGCCCCAGUACACCCACUAGACCCACUCACCGUAACCGAAAUCAACACAGUUCGAGCCAUCCUCUCAUCUUAUGUACCCUUUUCGUGGGCCUUCCCCGCGAUUCACUCUCUUUCCCUAGAUGAACCCGAAAAAUCUCAGGUCUUGGAGUGGAAAAAUGGUGACCCACUUCCACCUAGAAAAGCCCAUGUGAUUGCCCUAUCGAGUGGCCAAACCCAUGUCCUGACCGUGGACUUGGACUUGGGCCUGGUCACCGGGCAUGUCACCAAUCCGGGAUCUGGCUAUCCGCCACUAACGGCCGAGGACAUCUCGGUCGCACUACAAGUGGUCCAGUCCAAUAAAGAGUUCAACAAAUCAAUCAUGGCCCGAGGCAUUCAGUUUUCGGAUUUGUCUUGUGGCACGCCUUCUGCGGGCUGGUUUGGGCCGGAUGAAGAAGGGAGGAGGGUGGUGAAGGUCCAGUGUUUCUCAACCCAAGACACGCCCAAUUUCUACAUGAGGCCCAUCGAGGGCCUCACUCUGAUAGUUGACAUCGACAGGCAAGAGGUGGUCAAAAUUUCAAACACAGGCCGGGGCAUACCGGUUCCAAAGAGUGCCAACACAGAUUACCGGUACGUUGCACAGGCCAAGGGACCAGAGAUGGAACCCAUCAACCCAAUCUCCAUAGAGCAACCCAACGGCCCAAGCUAUAGAGUCGAAGACGGGCAUACCGUGAGAUGGGCCAACUGGGUGUUCCACCUGAAGCCCGACCAACGAGCCGGGAUGAUAAUCUCCCGGGCCACGGUUCGCGACUCCGAGACCGGCGAGCCGAGGAGUGUCAUGUACAAGGGGUUUGCUUCGGAGUUGUUCGUGCCGUAUAUGGACCCAGAUGAAGGAUGGUAUUUCAAGUCGUAUAUGGAUGAAGGUGAGUUUGGGCUUGGGGUGACAGCAAUGCCACUUGUGCCUCUCAAUGACUGUCCUGGCUACUCUUACUAUAUGGAUGGGCUUUUUGUAUCGGCCGACGGAAGCCCAUAUGUUCAACCCAAUAUGAUCUGCUUGUUUGAACGGUAUGCUGGGGAUAUUGGCUGGCGACACUCAGAGCUCAAUAAUUUUCAGAUCCGGGAAUCAAGGCCCAAGGUGACGCUUGUUGCAAGAAUGGCAGCGACAGUAGGGAAUUAUGAUUAUAUUUUUGAUUGGGAAUUCCAAACAGAUGGUUUAAUACGCGUUAAGGUAGGGCUAUCCGGGAUGCUUAUGGUGAAAGGGUCUCCACAUGAAAAUAUGUACCAAGUUCCUUACAAAAACGACAUGUCUGGUCCAUUGGUGUCCGAAAAUCUGAUCGGUGUGGUUCACGAUCACUUCGUUACCUUUCACCUCGACAUGGAUAUCGACGGGACCGACAAUUCGUUCGUCAAGGUCAAUCUUGUGAAGGAGGAGACGUAUCCAGGCCAGUCGCCGAGGAAAAGCUACUUGAAAGCUGAGAGACGCGUGGCUAAGAGGGAGGAGGAUGCCCGCGUUAAGCUUAAUAUUUAUGAUCCGUCGGAAUUUCAUGUGGUUAAUCCGUCGAAGAUGUCUAGGCUGGGAAACCCAAGUGGUUACAAGGUUGUCCCUGGAGCAAAUGCAGCCAGCUUGCUUGAUCUCGAUGAUCCCCCACAAAUUAGAGGUGCUUUCACCAACAAUCAGAUAUGGGUCACUCAGUAUAACCGAACCGAGCAAUGGGCUGGUGGGCUUUUGGUGUAUCAGAGCAAGGGAGAAGACACACUAGAUGUGUGGUCCAAAAGGAACCGCGGUAUCGAAGACAAGGACAUUGUGUUAUGGUACACUUUGGGAUUCCAUCACAUACCUAGUCAAGAGGAUUUCCCAGUGAUGCCAACAGUAACCUCCAGCUUUGAACUGAAGCCUGUUAAUUUCUUCGAACGCAACCCAAUACUUCGGGCCAAGCCCAACUUUGAGACUGACCUACCUGUUUGCCGGCCUCAGGGCCGGUCCUGACUUUUUCAGACAUUUAAGCAAAAAUUAAAUAUGAGACCCUUUUUAUAAGUGGACUAUCAUAAUGGAUAUCAAAGUGGGAGGAACAUAGAGAUGUACUUUCUUCAA